AUGGCGAGCAGAUAUCGCUUCCACCUUCUACUACUCCUGGGCGUCUUCCUGCUGGCCGAGGGCGGCAAAUCGAGCUCGCAGCUCACCUCCGGCGACCAAGCCACCCUCCUAGCUAUCAAGAAACAGUGGGGAAACCCUCGUCAGCUUGUGUCGUGGGACCCCGUCGCCAACGCCGACCAUUGCAACUGGACCGGCGUGAUCUGCGGCGGGGGACGCUCCGGGGGUGUGACGGGGAUAUUCUUGCCGAAGCUGAACAUCGCCGGCAAGGUACCGGAGUCUCUGUGCGACCUGCUGAGCCUCAGCCACCUAGACCUCUCGUACAACAACCUCAUCGGCGAGUUUCCCGGUGCCGCGCUCUACGAAUGCUCCCAGCUCCGCUUCCUCGACCUCUCCAACAACGCCUUCCACGGUGUCCUCCCGAAUGACAUCAGCCGCCUGUCACCGGCCAUGGAGCACCUCAACCUGUCGACAAAUUACUUCGGUGGCGCCGUGCCGGCCGCGGUGGCCGGGCUUCCGGCGCUGAGGUCGCUUCUUCUUGACACCAACCAGUUCACUGGAGCGUACCCAGCGGCCGAGAUAAGCAAGCUCACCCGGCUCGAGCAGCUCACGCUUGCCUCGAACCAGUUCGCGCCAGCGCCUGCACCGCCAGAGUUCGCCGAGCUGACCAACCUGAGCUACCUAUGGAUGUCCAACAUGAACAUGACCGGUGAGAUCCCGAAGGCGUACUCCAGCCUAGCGAAACUCACGCUGAUCGCCUUGAACAAUAAUAACCUCACCGGCCAGAUCCCAGAGUGGGUCUGGCAGCACCCAAUGCUCGAGUGCGUGUACUUGUUCACCAAUGGACUCGUGGGCAAACUACCGCGCAAAAUCAGGUCGGUGAAUUUGAUAGAGCUUGAUGUGUCGUCGAACCAUCUCACAGGAGAAAUACCGGAGGACUUCAGUAGCCUCAAGAACUUGAGCGUACUGUUCCUGUACACCAACCAGCUCACCGGCAUCAUUCCAGCAAGCAUAGCGAUGCUCCCAAAUCUCAGGGACCUCAGGCUAUUUGAAAACCGGCUCUCUGGUGAGCUCCCGCCAGAGCUCGGGAAGCACUCGCCACUUACAAACCUUGAGGUUUCAAGUAACAACCUGUCUGGCCCGCUCCCAGAAUCACUUUGCGCCAACGGGAUGCUCCAAGACAUCGUGGUCUCCAACAACAGCAUGUCUGGUGAGCUCCCGAAAAGCCUCGUGGACUGCGUCUUGCUGAACAACCUCAUGAUCUCCAGCAACAGCUUCCACGGCGAGUUCCCGGAGAAAAUAUGGUCAUUACCAAAGUUGACGACGUUGGUGAUAGAGAGCAAUGGUUUCACCGGGGCUUUACCAGCCGAGCUAUCUGAGAACAUCUCUCAGAUUGACAUAGGGAACAACAAGUUCUCUGGCUUCCUCCCAACUUCGGGAACCGGGCUGCUGGUGUUCAAGGCGGCAAACAACCUGCUCUUUGGCGAGCUACCGGCCGACAUGAGCAAGUUUGCCAACCUUACACGUUUGGUGUUGCGUGGCAACCAGCUAACUGGUUCCAUACCAUGAAUCAUACAACCACGAGUGAAUUUGUUGCGGAAGCUCGGUACUCUCUACUUAUGCACAAUAUGAUUUGAGGUUCUUGAGGUGUAAGUAGUAAUCGCAUUG